UCCUGUUUUGCGUAGUCGAUAGUCGAUGUUCGGUUGUGUAGGACCGUUCGCGUUGUGAAUUUUGUUGUUAUUUGUGUUUAUAAAACAAUAUGCCUUUCAUUUCUAAAGACUGGCGAUCUCCAGGAGAAGAGUGGGUUAAAACCCAAGAGGGAUGGGAAAAAAAGAAAGUAUUGGAAUGCACUUCACAGAGAUAUCCUGCUAUAACUAACUAUAAUAACAGUGACGAUAAUCCACAGAAGUGGGCCCAAGAAAGUGAAGAUGGUGACAAAACAAACGACGCUGCGGCUAGAGUACCGCCUCACUGCCACAUCACUAUUAAAUGUACUAGAGAAAUUGCAGGCUUCAACGGCCUAUCAGAAGCGGUCAGGCGGCUGGAUUUCUCGUCUGCCGUCCGAGAUGUGCGACGGUUUAACUACAUCUGCGCUCUGUUGGAAUUGCUACUCGGAGGGCAAAGGCUGACACAUCUACCUGGUGCAGCACAGAAAUUACUUCUGUCAAUGUUGGAGCAACUUGCCGACCAGGUGGCAACAUCUCAGCAGAACUUGAGCGGUCUGCGCGCGUUGGUAGUAGCAUUGGCGGCGCUACGUGAAGCCGAGCGGCGUGCUUGCUGGGGCCGACCGCUCGGCUCGCGCGCUCUAUGGGGUCAUCAUGAUCACGCUAUCGCCAGGAUCAACCGCAUCGCCAGCAGCAUCCGCAUACAGGAGCCUGGUCCAGAAGUAGUGCCUAAACUCCACGAUUUGCCUGAGGAAUGUGUUAGAGAAAUUUUAUUGAGAAUAUCGGAUCACAGGGACUUAGAUGCGGCGUCGUCAGCGUGGAACGUGAUGGCGUCGGUCUGCAACGAGCAGAGAAUAUGGCGGGAGCUGGUCAACUUCCACUUCACCCAGCAACAGACUGAGACCAUCCUGGCCAAGGACAAAGACGGCGAUGACAAGGACGUUGACUGGAAGAAGGUCUUCCAUCAACUCAGGAAGUUAUACGGUCUAAGGGAGGACGCGCAGUAUGCCGAGACGCUGUCACUGUGCCGACACUGCAAGUGCCUGUUUUGGCGGUCACUAGGACACCCCUGUAUAGCGGAUCAGUGCCCGGAAUACCGCGAGCGAGUGAAGGAGGCCGGCGGUCCUCUCCCCCCGCACCCCGUGCCGCCCGCAGCUUUCCUCAAGUUCUUCUCGCUUUAAACACGGUAUCGCAGAAAUAACAUCACUUGAUCAAAUCACGCCAUUUCUAGGCCAAUUCUUUAAUUAUACAUUUCAAUGUAAACUGGAUGAGUAUAUUUGGUCACCCAUAACAUUAUAACCGUUAUUUAUAUUGUUAAGCGAAUAAUUUUAUGGUAAAUAACGAUUUACCUUUCAAUGUUUCCAUUAACUUGCACUAGUCGUGGUCACGAGCUGGAGUAAUAGCGAUGUCAUUAACUGCCAGCAAUUUUUUACCUUUAUUUACCAUAAAAUUAUUGGUGUUAAGACCCAGUUAGCAAUAUAAAUAAUGUAUAGGAAACACGAACUUUUAAAAAUUUAAUUGAAUGUAUCUUUAUAACUCAAUCUUUAGAGAGUUAUGACAGUAAUAAUCGUAUGCUAACACUUCAUAAACAAUAUCAGUCAACCCAUGAUCAGGACGUUUGUAACAGCCGUCAAAAUAUCGGGAGAUCAUAAUAUAAUCAUAGUAAAUAUGCUGUGUAUAUACAAUAUUUAAAAAACCGCGUCCGAUAAGACGUAUUUAUCAAUAAUAACAAAAUAUAAGAAAAAAAUGGAAAAUAAUAUAUAAAACUAUAAUUGUUUAUAUAUACUAAUCAUUAUGUAUAUAUAAAGCAUAUUACACCAUUGAUUAAUCAGAGUUAUAUAUUAAUAUAUAAUGAUUAUAUUACUCAGGCAUUUGGUCUCCAGAUUAGUAAGACCGUUAAGUAAUAUGUAAAAAAGUAAUAUUCUAUCUCUAAUAUUUAUUUCGGAUACUGCGAUAAAAGGGUGCUGUUCUCUGUCCAUAGUACACAGAAAUAUAAUUAUAUAUUAUAUAUCUAUAUAUACUUAUUUCUCAGUAUACAUAUAAGUCUAUUAGAAUCUUUUGGACGUCGUGAUAUUGUUCUUAAAUUCAGUAUUAAAAUAUAUAUUUCUAUAUCGGUUUAAACUAAAAACUAAAGCAAUAAAAACCGGACUAAAACAUCAACUAAACUAAGCAUCACAUUUUAAUAGAUUAAUUGAAUUGAAUUGAGAGGAAGAAUUUCAUAGAUUACCUAUAAGCUAGAGAAUGAAAUAUGAAGAAAUUAAAAUUCGAUUUAUAUUGCUUUAGUUUUUCUCAGACAGAAACAAGUCAAAGCCAUCUGUGUUUACUAUAUAGUUAAGAAAAGCCUAUAAUAAUGGCAUAUAGUGAUGAGCGAAUUAAUUUAAGCGAUCGAAUGCGACCGAUCACGAUCUCAGGCACACUGGCCUAUACAAUAUGACUAAAUGGAUCAUUAGGAUUUAUGAAGCUAUGCAAAAUGUGUUCCAUUUUAUACAAAAUGUUGUCCAAUGAGGAAACAGGUUCUAUGCUUAUUUUUAAAAAAUAUAAAAGCACUGUGAAAUUAUGAAUGUAGUAAUUAGUAUUGUGACUUAUUGAAAUUUUACCAGUGAAUGGAAUAUAUUAAAAGUUCCAAGACCAAGCCACGAUGCUUAUACGUUGAUUUAAUGAAUAACUUUUAAUUUUUUAAUAUAACACCAUCGUGUUUAUAGCCUUUAUUGUAAACAGUUUUCUGCGCUUAUUAAUUGUUUAAUGCUUUAUGACAACUAGAUAUGUGAUAUUACCCAAAUUUAUAAAAACGUGUGUUGUAUUGGAUUUGUUCUUUGUGUUGUUUGUUAAUAUUAAAUAUAAUUUAUAUGUAAUAUAGUAGCGUUCAAUUUUCAGUGCAUAAUAAAAAGCAUUUUAACAUUAGCUAUGUAUUAUGCUAUAUAUUAAAAAAUAUUUUCAUCAAUAAUAUGAUUAUUGAUGAAAAUAUUUUUUAAAGAUGUGAAUCUAUUGUUGCAUUGUUAAUUAUGAGCAAAAGGUAUGCCUCUGUACAGUCUAUUUUAAGUUUUUCAAUAUUGACACAUUAACAUGUCGGUCUGCCAAAAUAAUGUAAAAAAAUAUUGAAAAUAAUUAGAUUUGGUAACAAAAAGUGUAUAGAAAUCCAAAACCCAGUUAAUCCAGUGAAUGUGUUGUAGGAGAGUGAAAGUUGUGUACAAUUAUAGAUCUGUGUUUGUAUAUGGGAUUUAUAAAAUAGCUUUAACUGUACUGUACUAGCACUGUUACUAGCUCACAUGCAACUGUACCACUACAUUCCCAUACUAAAUUGUAGAUACGACUUCACGUUUUGUAUGAAUAUCUUAUGCAGUUUUAUAACUACCAUUGCCAGAUUGCGGACUUACAUAUACUAAAAUUAGCCUUUUAUAUUGGUCGCGAAAUCUCAAAUAAUCAAAUAGCUUUUUGAAGACAUCAGUGAAAAUUUUCCUUCCAAUUAACUGCUGUGUUAAAUAAUUAGUUUUAAAUAUUAUUAUAAAGGCGUGUAUUUUCAUUUAGUUCCUGUUUAGGUAUUUUAGUAUAAGACAUCGGGACAUAUUAUCUUUAUUGUCCCAAAUAAACACUUCAUUUGUUUCGUCUGCAUUUAAAAUAAUUGUACAGUCUACUAUGAAUAUGGUCUACUACAUAAGGGGUUUUUGCACUAUCAUAUCGCAUACUUAAUAAAUUUCAUUAAUUAACAACUUAAAAAAUUUAACUGACCUUAAAAAACUAAAAUUUUGGAUUAGUUGAUUUCCCAUUUUUUUAAAUACGUGGAGUUUAUUAGGCGUGCGAGUAUAGUAAAGUUAAAUCUAGAUUUCUAGAAUGAUCUGUCAAUGAAAUAAACUAGUGAAUAUCAAUAAAACUUCAUAAUAUAUCGUAUACUGCCUACGUAUAUUCGCUUACUCUUUCUCGCAAAUAUAAUAGUGUUAUAAUCCCCUUAUUAAAAAUCAUAUCUCUUCAUGAGUCGAAACUAAUUAAGCAGCUAGCUUAGGUAGAGCAAUAUUUUAUUACAUGUAACUUUUAAUAGUGUAUAAGGUCUCGGCUGAAUUUUUAUUAUGAAGAACUGUAUAUUACUCUACUCAAGAGUCUAUGUUGUUAAUGGCUUCGGUACUCUGUAGAAGUUAAACGUCAUUAUAAAAUACGUUUUUUUAUUCGUGUAUUAAAUGGCGGAUGUUGACGUUAAGAAAUGGCGCCAAAAUUCUUAUAUAUAAUACUAUCGUUGAUCGUUAUAUAUAAUACUAGCUUAUAAAUUCAUUGCAAUUUAUAAUGACGUGACCACAGUUCAAUAUAUUUAUUGUCAUACAGAAUAAUUCUAUUAAUUCGCCGUUUACAUAUCUGCAAGAAUAAUGUACCCACUUUUACCAGUACCCUAGUUAAUAAUUAUAAAUACAGUCGGUCUAAAAUAUUAUCUCUUUAGGCCUAAACUGUUCGAUUUAUUAUGUAAUAAUUUUAGUUUUCUUUUAUAUCUCUAUAACAGUGAAUUUAACCAUGUUUGAUUUUGUUAAAUAGUAAAUCUAUUAAGAAAUAACAGUUAUUUAUAGUUACUUCAUUUGAAAUCAUUGUUUUCAUAAUUUGGCUUUCACAUUGUAUAAUGUAUUAUUACAUAAAUGCAAAAGUACAUAAAAUGUCGACAUAGCGUUAUUUGCAGCGUAACAUUCUUGAAUUAUCUGUCUAUUUUAUAAUGCGAGAAUUUGUUCUUGUAUAUUAUAUAUAUCAUAGUAAAGACUAUGUGUUAUAACGAUAUCUGUUUUUUAAAUUGAUUCUCAUUUUAAGACUAAGAGAAUGUUAAUUGCAAACAACAAAGGCUUUAGAACAAAAGAGCUAGCAUGCACAUGUGACGUCUGUCAGUGACAGUAUCAACUUACCCUGUCAUAUAUAAGAAGCACUCUUUGUACAUCUUCCAUCAUGAUUUAGUAACCGAUAGGUGGGGUUAUCAGGUAUCAGGGGGUACUAUCGGGUGUCUUAUCCUGAGAAAUCAAUAUUCCGGUCAACUGCCCAAAAUCAAAAUUUGAACUAGCAAUACAAUCUAUUAAUAAUAUUAUAAGUAAUCUUAUAAUGCGCCUUCAAGCGAUAUUUCAUUGUGUUGACUCCAUAUCCAACAGGACUCUUAGCCAAUUUGUUACAACCCAACAGAUCAGCCUGACUGAGCAGUCUAAUACUAUGUGUAAGCAUCAAAUGUGUGAUUAGACCGCAUCACCACUUAAAAUCACGUAUGAUUUCGAUCCAAUAUGGUCAAAUCAUAAUAAAAAUCGGUAUUAUUGGUAUUGUGAUUAUUCGCCUGUAAUUGUUUGAUGAUUUAUCUAUGAUCUAACAAAAUUAAAUAUAAAUAGAAAAUAGCUGUGGGUUUUGUUCGACUUUACUAUGUCUACUUCUAUUUCCCAUAACAGUAUUGUUGUUAGCUGCUAGCUCUUAACACAUCUACUAAUUAGCUACCUGUUCACUGUAAAAUGUAGUGUAGUUGUUGAUAUUGUGAUAUUUUAAGAUAAAUUUAUUGUAAUUACAAUUAUUAUUAAGUGUUUGGAGUCUCAAGUUACUAACACUAAUUAGGAGUAGACUAUUAUGAAAAUGCAGCUUGUAUCUACUCACUUGAGUCAUUUUUAGUUAAUCUGUGAUUUUUUUAUUUGUGAAAUGCAAUUGUUUUCUGAUUUGUGUUCUCAUAUACUAUGGUACUUUAUAUGGUAUUUUGAAAUAAAGUUAUUUUGA